AGAUGGUUCCCUGCUAAAUUCUUCUAAAACGGAAGCAGCUGGGGUUGGUUGCCAUAGAGACGCGUUCGGAGUGCAAACGACUGCACAAGCCGAGCGUUACUACAGUUUCGCAAAUGGACGAAUCAGAGACCAUUAACUUUUCUGCCCUGGAGCGAGAGCUGGAGGCAGCGGUGGCAGCCGACAAGAAGUACCAGAGGGAAAAUGAUGCCAAGUUCCGUGCCAUUCAUCAGAAAGUGGCGUCCUAUGAGGAGUUCAGGGAUAUUGUGCAGGCAUCACACCUGAAGCCACUGGACAGAAAGGACAAAAUAGGAGGACAAAGGUACCAGCCUUGGAACACGCUGGCAUCAUCUUCUGGACAAAAAGUCAGCUCACAGACAGAUAUUAUAGAGGAUCCUCAAAGCCUGCCCGAAACUGCAGCUGAAUUCAACAGACACUGGCGCAGGCACAACAGAAGUGGAGCAGAGAAAUACAAUUUCCUUCUAACCCUGGGAGGAAAGCAGCUGGGUGUGAUUUUCAAGACCGAGAUCGCAUUUGGGUUGCUUGGGGAGCUCCUCCUUGUGCUUUCAGAGAACUUCAUCACGAAAGACCAAGCUAGCCUGACCGACAUUCUGUCCAACCUCUCACAGACCAAGAGGUUUGAGCUUAACAUGAAUUUUUUGAGUAAGAAGGAAAGGGAUGGUUGUGUGGAGCUGUUUCAGAAGCUGCUGAUCAUGGAAGAGCCUGGUGUGGAGAUGGGAAAAGAAGACUGUGUGGAAAAUGAACAAGCUCAAUGCAUAAGGAACUUAAUGAAGGUCUACAAUGUUCAGAAUUAACUUUUACAAUAAUGACUCUAAUAACAGUCAGACUCUUAUUAAUAUCACACCCCAAAGCAAGACUAGUGUUCCACACUUUGAGAAAUGUGGCAGUGUAGCCCAGAUGGUGUGAUGCUGUGUAUCAUUCACAGAGGUACCAGCAGAGGGCCUCAAUACUCUUGUAUAGUAUUGCAAGUCAGUAGAAUUUUAAAGAAACAAACACAUUAGUAAUGUCUGUAACUCGGAAACUUGUUUUCCAUAAUUCUUUCUAAUUCUGGUUCUGUCGCAAUCCUAAAACUGUUGUUUUUGUUGUAAACUUUAGAGAGUUGUAAUUUUGUCACCGCUCUGCAGUUUUCAUUAGAGUAUUGAUUGUCAUCUUUGUA